AAAGCUGGGCAUAGAGAAGAAGAAGGUUCCCUGCCUAUCGCCAGAGAGAGGAGGGCCAUAGGCCUGACCCAGCCAGCAAAAGGAGUGGGAGGGUGGAGAAAUCCUGUUGUUGCACCUGAGGAUCUCUGUUGGGAUCUAUAUCGAUUAUUGUGCAGCCUGGUGCAAGUGUAGCAGCAAGAUGACUGCAGGAUAGGUCCUACUGACUUUCAAAGGCGAGAGCACUAGCUCAGGAGACAGAGGAAUGACAUAAAUCCGAAUCUGACAACAUAGAGCCUGGAGGGAGUGUUUCCUGCAAUCGGCUCCCCACAGCAUCAACAAGGUACAAUGUAGCAACCAGGGGAGAGCGCAAUGGUGUUCAUUAACAUAUGGUGAGGCAAAAUGGAAACCCGAAAUGAAACUGCAGCAAAGACACAAUCACACGGCCAAGAUACCUCGACUGAACAGGAGACCUUAAAAUCGAGCCAUAAACGGUGUGAAAGUCUCGCGGAAGUGACAGAUCAGAGCCACAAGAGUACGGGGACUACACUUGGAGGAAGCAUCAAGGUCUCUGUACAACAGGGAGUGCUCCCACCUGAAGCAGACAAUUCACAGUUUCAGGAGCUGGUGGAUUCCCAGGCUCCACACGGGCCUGGCCUUCAUCAGGAACACAGCCCAGAGGAACCCAUCGAUGUGAGCUUGGACCCAGCGAAAGACCUUCCUGAGAAAUGCAGCCCAAAGAAUCCUAUCGAUGUGAGCUUGGACCCAGCGAUAGACCUUCCUGAGAAAUGCAGCCCAGAGAAUCCCAUCGAUGUGAGCUUGGACCCAGCGAUAGACCUCCCCGAGGAAUGCAGCCCAGAGAAUCCCAUCGAUGUGAGCUUGGACCCAGUGAUAGGCCUUCCUGAGGAAUGCAGGCCAGAGACUCCCAUUGAUGUGAGCUUGGACUCAACGAUAGACCUUCUUGAGGAAUGCAGCCCAGAGAAUCCCAUUGAUGUGAGCUUGGACUCAACGAUAGACCUUCCUGAGGAAUGCAGCCCAGAGACUCCCAUCAAUGUGAGCUUGGACUCAACGAUAGACCUUCCUGAGGAAUGCAGUCUAGAGAAUCCUAUCGAUGUGAGUUUGGACCCAGCCAGGGACCUGGGUGAGGAGAGACACUGUGAGCUCAUUGUGAACAGUGAGCAUAUCUUUGAGGAACCCACUGGAUUGGGCCAUAAUGAAGCUGGAUGUGACUCAAGGAGAGGCCUGGCAGUGGAUACAGCUCUGAUAACAUCUCCAGAAGACCCAGGCUCCCAGCACAGCAAUGGCUGUCCCCCCUCAGUCCACAGCAGCCAUGAAGAGGGAGUGCCUGAGAGUGCCGCAUCGAUAGCAGAUGGAGUGGCGGUGGGCACCGGCCUGACCAGUGACGGACCUGACCUGUGUGCAGAGGCUCGGAGACUGGGAACAGUGCGGAGUCCUACUGACUCCCCUCCCCAACGUCCCGAUACGUCCCAGCACCAGGCUGGGGGUGGGGAGCACGGCUUCCUUGCAGAGCCCGGAGCUGGAGGAAGCAGGCCGGUACUGAGCGCCGAUGUCCCCCAGACUGAAGGAGGAGCUUCAAAGGAUAUGAAGGAGGGUACAGAGAGUGAAGGGGCAACUGUCAGCACAGCUCCCUGGUGCCAGGAGGAGCAAGCUGCAGUGCAGGGCAGCACUGGUGAAGACAACGCGAUCAAAGUCAUUGAUGACAGACCACCACAACCCGCUCCGUUUGAACAUCGCUGUGUGUCAUUUCGAACAGGACCAGUGAGGAGCUUCUACCAGUAUAACCUCAGCGAGGUACUCGGAGGGGGUCGGUUUGGCAGUGUUCACCGUUGCACAGAGCGAUCCUCUGGGCUCCAGCUCGCCAUGAAAAUAAUUAAAGUGCGAUCUGCCAAAGAAAAGGAGAGUAUCACCAAUGAAGUACAGGUGAUGAAUUUGCUGAACCAUGUCAAUCUCAUUCAACUCUAUGAUGCCUUUGAGACCAGGAGUGAGAUGAUUCUCAUGAUGGAGUAUGUGGAAGGUGGAGAGCUCUUUGAGAGGAUUGUGGAUGAAAACUACAGUCUGACAGAGCUCGACGCAAUGGUGUAUGUGAAGCAGAUCUGUCAGGGUGUACAUUACAUGCACAACAUGUAUGUGCUACACCUAGACCUAAAGCCAGAAAAUAUUUUGUGUGUGGACCAUAAUGGUAAUCAGGUGAAGAUCAUCGAUUUUGGAUUGGCAAGAAGGUACAAGCCCAGAGAUAAAUUGCGCGUGUCCUUCGGGACACCAGAGUUCCUCGCUCCAGAAAUUGUCAACUUUGAACAUGUCUCCUUCCCUACGGACAUGUGGAGCCUGGGUGUCAUCACCUACAUGCUAUUGAGUGGCCUAUCACCAUUUUUAGGCGAUAGCGAUGCUGAGACCCUCAGUAACAUCCUCACCACAAACUGUAACUUUGAUGAUGAAGCUUUUGAAAACAUCUCAGAAGAAGCAAAAGAUUUUAUUGCAAAUCUGCUGAUCAGGGAGAAAAGUGGGAGGAUCAGUGCUGCCCAGUGUCUGAAACAUCCUUGGCUCAGCAACUUUGCUGCGAAAAGCAAGCACAGCAAGAUCCAACUGAAGUCACAGCUCUUGCUGAAGAAGUAUGUAAUGAAGCGUCUGUGGAAGAAGAAUUAUUACGCUAUUGCUGCAGCGAACAGACUGAAAAAGAUCAGCAGUUGUGGAUCACUCGCUUCGCUGGCAAUCUGAGAGAAUCCCAAGAUGUGAUCCACUGGACAAAA